UGACUGGGGAAGGGAGAUAGACGUGGCAACAACUGAUCACAUGAAAUGCAUGCCAGCCGCACACCCAGGGCCGGCCUUCACAUCUCGGUGGCCUGGGCGAAACAAAAAUUGAAGCUCUUAUAAAAUAAUAUUUAUAUUUCAAUUAAAAAUCAAAUAUAUGGUAGAUUUAAAAGUUUACUACAAAGACAAUGUUAUUUGGUGACAACGUUAAUACAUUAAGAAGUAAAAAUUAUAUCAUUUGACUACUAAUUAUAUCACUUUUUAAAGAAUAUCACAUCAGCCGAAACAUGAAAGGAGUUCUUAGUUCACUCAUUCAUUACCUACAAAACAAUGAAACUAUUUGUGAGUUUGAGUGAGCUGAUCAUUUAAAAUAAAUUAUUCUAGCAUUUUUAGAUGCAAAGUCAUUAAUCACGGUAUCAACAUAAAUCUCGUCCAGCAAAUUCUUCUCAACGCAUAAUGUAGCCAAACAGUUUAACCUUUCUUUAGAUAUUGCCGACCUCAAAUAGUUUUUUUAAUAAUUUCAGUUUUGAAAAACUUCAUUCAGCUGAUACUACACCUAACACAGUAAAUAUGAUUCGAUAGGCAAUAGACAUAUUAGAAUAACAAUCUAAUUCUCCUCCAUUAAUUAUGGCGAAGUAAUUGAAGCCGGAUAGGUUGUGAAUCCAUGAUAUCAAAAUCGUCUCUUCUAGUAAUUGUGGUGAUAUAAGGUGGAGAAUGCAAGGUGAUUGCUGAGGCAUUUGAUUUUGGGAAUGAGAGAAAAGGAAUCCAGAACGGAUUAGGGGGCACGGCCGCACAUACUACCCGUCAUCUCGUUCAUUGGUUGCGACAGCGUGAUAAGCUAAAAAAACACAAGCAAGGGCAUCGACUCGUUCUGUUGGAGGCUUGGAUUAAACCAUAAUAUCCAUUUGCGUAGUUGCCUUUUGACUUUCAAGGGCCUAGGCUGUCGCCCUUGCUGCACUUGCCUAGGGUCGGCCCUGCACGCACCCGGUGCGCGUGAUUGCCCUUGUUAUAAACUGUAUCCAUCCUAGCAGGUCAUAUAUAGAAGAGAGAUUGCACUAAUUAUUUUACUGAAAUGAUAAGAAAAAAACAUUCUCACUAUAUCCGUCUCUACUCUUCGUUAUGUUCACUAAAGACUGAGAGCGUAACAUCCAACCGCUGGCAACAUGAUCUCAGAGCAGCACCGGCACUGCGCGCGCGCCGCGCGGCAGAGAGACGCCAACGCUACUGGGCUAGGCUAGACUUGGGCGGCGCGCGUUGCACUCGUGGCGGGACGUGCGACUCCUCGCCUUCUUUCUCCACAAUCCGACACGCACAACAAGCAGAGUGAACUCAGCUAGCCAGCAAGCUACCCGUGCCGCCGUGUUGGUUUGGAGCUAGCGAUGGUGCAGCCGGGAGACACAGGCGGAGGGCUCGGCGGCGCGGCGGAGGGAGCGGCCAAGCCAGCGGCGGCGAUGGUGUCGCUGCAGCUUGUCUUCUCGGUGCUGCAGAUCUUCAUCAAGCUCGCGCUCAACGACGGCAUGGACGCUCGCGUCCUCGUCGCCUACCGCUUCAUGUUCGCCGCCGCGUUCCUCUGCCCCAUUGCGUUCCUCGUCGAGAGGAAGAAACGUCCGCCACUAACCAUGAAGGUGGCCCUACAAUUGUUCUUGUGUGGGUUGUUUGGAUUUGCUAUAAACCAGAAUCUGUACGUGCUUGCCAUAAAGUUGACUUCAGCAACAUUUGUUACGGCUAUCAGCAACCUCACUCCCGCAACCACUUUCAUCCUAGCAAUCGUGACCAGGCUGGAGGCUUUAAACCUUAGGAAGCCUGCCGGACAAGCGAAACUGUUGGGAACCCUUGUCGGAAUGGGUGGUGCAAUGUUGCUUACAUUCUACAAGGGACCAGAGAUCAAAAUACUUCGACGGCUGCCCCGCCUCAGACUCGUCCGUGUAACCGAAGAUCACCACUCCGGCCCGCCAUCGGCCAGAAACCAAGUGUUGGGCUCGCUUCUCGGCGUCAUCAGCUGUUUCAGCUACGCGACGUGGCUAGUCAUCCAGGCGAAAGCGGGGCAAGUCUAUCCGUGCCACUACUCGAUUGCAGCAAUGGUGUGCCUCUUUGGUGCACUUCAGUCCACUCUAGUGGCAGUUUGCGUCCACAGGGACAUGGAGCAUUGGAGGCUAGGACUCAACAUCAGAUUGUACUCGUCAGCUUACGCGGGCCUAAUAGCAUCAGGAUCCGCGUUCCCGUUGCUGUCGUGGUGCCUGCGGAAGAGAGGUCCCCUCUUCAUCGCCGUGUUCAGCCCGUUGAUGCUCAUCUUCGUCGCCGCGCUGAGCUCCAUUCUUCUUGAUGAGGCUUUGCACCUCGGGAGUGUGCUUGGCUCAGUCCUGAUUGUGAGCGGACUGUACCUGGUGCUGUGGGGCAAAGCCAAAGAAGUAGCUAAUGGGCGCCAAGACGAGGAACGCGGCAAAGAAUCAGUUCCUGCUGCUGCCGGUGAAAUUGAAAUAAAAUGAUGAGGGCU